UGCCUCUGCCUUUUAUUAUUUAACUUCUUUUUCUUUACCUUCUCAUUCCUCCAUCCAGAUGGUUCAACUUGCACCUGUAUGCUUUACUUCAGAUGAAGCACACAUAUACGCAGCGACCUUCGGGCGGAAUCUCUAUGCGCCUCGGGCCAAUGGCCAGAUUCAGACACAGCAAAAUAUAGACCUCCUAAUCCUUCGGUCAAAUCCAUAUCCAACUUCUUUAGAAGGUCUGAACUGGACUGUAAUCAGCAAGACCAAAAGCUACCUUUCAGAAGCUCUUUAUGAGCUCAGCUUCAAGUUUCGUUAUACAUGUUCCUUAAACCCUUGGAGCUACAAGUUCUUGUUGUCUGCUCAAACUGUCUUGACGAAUGACACCCCUAUAUAUCAGUUCAAUACUGAAUUAUACCUCGAUUCUACUGGGUUUGCGGACUUUGCCGUGCCUGAGCAACGGCUACUUGUCCCCCAAGAUGAGCUUUUUCAAGGCCGUAGUUUGAUACUUCCAAUUCAACAUGAAAGUCCAAGUGCUUGGAACCUCGAUUGGCUUAAAAUUCGUCCUAAUGGUACCCUCGGCACGAUCGUUUUCACAUAUUACAUGAAGGCACGCUUCCCGUUCAAAUCACAGGUCAAUUGGUCGAUGCGCCCAUUAAAUAUUGGAGAUCCAAUAGCAGUCAGCUAUGUUAACAACACCCUUUACGCGACCUUUUAUAGCAUUGAGGAUCGCCAGGUUACAUUAGCAGCUAUGCCUCUUGAUCCCGUCAACAUCUUUCCAGAUCCACCACCAGCUCAGAUCAUUAAAACCAAUAUCGGUCAAGAGUGUGCAAUCACAGACCUUGGGACAACAAUGCAUGCAUAUCAGGGCUCAUUCUACUUUAUUUGUGAAGACUUACUGUCUACCUUACUCAGGAUAUAUAUCUUCGAUGGGACAUCUAUGCAGUACCUGGGGAGCAUACCGUUUCUAGGAGGGCAUUUGCCUAAUUUUAAACCCAUGUUUCAAUUUAUCCCUGUCCCACAGAAAUCACAAGAGAGUAGACCAAACAACAACUCGACAACUACGGCAGCCAAGAGAGCAUCAUGGAUCUAUAUGUAUUCAUUUAAGGAUCAAGGAUACGCCUUGAACCUUUCCGAUAGUAACUGGGGUUAUCAUCUAGAACAAUUUAAAGACGUAUACACAGACGAUGAAUACGUUCGUUUGGUGCCCCAGUCAUUUGAAGGGAAGAAACCAGACGCUCAUCAACUCGCCCUGAUCAUCUCGCUCACAUGUGGUGCUGUGGUUUUGCUCUUACUUGGAGUGAUGGCCAAAAAAAUUUAUCGAAGAAAACGUCGAGGCACAGGUUCAAGAGAGGAACAAGGACAAAGUCCACCAUCAACAGCGUUGUCACAUCCAGUCGGGGUCCAUCGUACACUCCAUGGGGAGGAUGCUUGCGAUAUGCCUCCUAGCUAUAAUGCACAAGGCACAAUGCCAUCAUCAUUAGAGCGAUCUGACAUAGAGCUUGCAACAAUGCCGCCCACAUAUCACGAAGCCACUUCUUCCACAUGAGUCGAAUACCGUUAAUAAUUAAUACAUGUGCAAACAAAUACCUGAUAUAAAUCUGUAAUAAAUAAUAAUAUUAAAUUUUUACGCCU